UCGGUAAGAAAUUUACGAUGUCUUGUGCAUCCUAUUCCUUUCUUCAUUACAUGGCUCGUGCCGGUGUACGAUACCUUGAGUGUGGUCGUCUCAUUAAAUUCGGGAUUGACUCGCUCCCGCUGUGUCACUUCUCGAGCUGGUGAAAGUAUGAGAAAGCGGCUGCCUGAUCAAGGCAUCUGUGGAAAUAUCCAUGGCCGAUACAUGAUGCUCGCUACUCCAGCAUAGCCUCAAUUCAUGAGGCUCGCAUAUGCUCCAUGUCGGGAGUACAGGAGUCAGCAAUGCGCUUCGACAUGAUGUCUUUUCUUCUCUCAUUUGCAUCUGAUCUUUUGCGUCACCAAGCCAUGCCAGAAUGGGCACACGUCGUCGGAUCACUCGGCUAAUCAGUAACUCUAUAGAAACCCCGUGGAUGGCCCCAAUGAGCGAAAGGCCAACUUCCUCGCGGACCCGCAGCGGUCUGGACAAUGGUCCUCGAGACAAUAGUGUUCCUGAUGCCACGAUUGCUGCAUUUUCGCCAAACCAGCAAACAGCGACACGACAUCGAAAUCGUGCAGUCGUGAUCCAUCAGAAGUCCCCACUGCUCGUUUCUACUCCUCCACAGAUCACGCGUGCCUUAGCGUACUCACAUCCAUUCAUUCUUCCUCUGAAUGCUCUGGCAGGGCUUAUCACAUGGACGACAGGAGAUCCAUGGGAGAGCUUUCUCUUUGUUGCUUGCUUCUGGUUCAUCACACUAUACCUCGAUACGAUACUCCGGUGGACUGGCCCUCUCGUCGCCAUUGGCGUGAUUGUGGUAGCCAUGCACUCGCGGAGGUACAAUCCUCUUUCUAGUACAAAUUGGUCUACAGCUUCGGAGAAAAGUCGCCGCCAAUCAAAUCCUGCUUCAUUAUCGAGCACUCCGCCUCCACGCAAGAGUCUGGACGAGAUUCUCGAGACACUCCGCGUGUUCACCAACCGAUGUGAUGUCAUCAUCGACCCAUUCCUUCAGUUCACGGAUUUUUUGAGCACCCAAACCUCCGCCACUUCUGCGUCGCCACGACCUUCUCUGACAUCUCUCUUUCUCCGUCUCAUGGCGAUCACGCCGCUAUGGAUCAUUCUUGCACUGCCUCCAAUCGGUAUCAUCACCACGACUCGCAUCACCCUGGUGAUCGGCACUGUUGGCCUGACCUGGCACUCUGUCCCCGCAAGGGUGUCCCGAACAAUACUAUGGCGUAGCCACUCCGUUCGCUAUCUUGCAAGCCUUGUCACUGGAUUACAAUUGACAAAUCAUACCGGCCUAACCAUCCCUCCAGGCUCAGCUUACCAUCCCAACUCAGCCGUCGCCCGUGCUCUGCAGUCUGAAACAUCGGACAACACCAAAGAUUCGAAAGCAGCAGGUGUCAGUUUCACGUUUGCGAUUUACGAGAAUCAGCGAAGAUGGGUGGGACUGGGCUUCACCUCAAACCUUCUGCCCGCAGAACGACAAGCAUGGACCGAGGAACACGGCAAUGCGUGCGCAGAUCUCCAACACUUCACCUUGCCUAGCACCGGAUCUGAUACCAUUCAAUGGCGCUGGGUUCCAGGAAGCGAAUGGCGCGUAGAUCCCAGCUGGACAGACGACGCAUUAGGUCCCGCAUCCUCCGUCUCUCCUUCAGGUGAUGGCAAGACCGCCGCCACAUCCACCAUCGCCGGCUCUGCUGGUUCCAGCGAAGGCUGGAUAUACUACGACAACAAAUGGCGCGGCGGAAGUAAAACCGACGACUCCUGGACCAAAUGGACCCGUCGCCGCCGCUGGAUCCGCGAUGCCGCCCUUGUCGAAGUCGUCCCAACUCUCGACCCAGCCAACCCCGACCAAUCUCCCUCCACCACCAACCUCCCAACCGCAUCGCCAACAACCCCCACCGCCACGGGCCGCGAACUUCGUUCAAAUUCGAGCACUUCAACUCGCGCACGCGCGAGCUCUUCUGCUACUGCGAAGAAAGGUUGGUUCGGCGGUUCGCGGAAUGCUGCCUCUAACAAUAACUCGGCGAAGGCGAGGAGUUUCGUCGAUGGGAAUUCGACGGAUGAUGCUGCUUCUGUGGUAGCGAAUUCGUCGGACGUGGAGAAGGCUAAGAGGGCAAGGCUUGAAGAGGAUGUUCAUACGCCUUUGAGGUAUAGAGAGGAAGGCAUUGAUCGGAGCAUCGGUGAUGGAUUGGCAGAGGGGCUGAGUUGA